CAAUUUCACAGCGUGAUGCGCUUUUACUUUGAAGAUCGUGUUGGAGGCAACGUCGCCACGAAGUGCCUCCGUGUUUGCAGCAACUCUUCCACUCGGGAGGUUAUUGAAACUCUUUCAGAGAAAUUCAGGCCUGACAUGAAAAUGCUGACCACUUGUUACUCUCUGUAUGAGAUCCACACCAAUAAAGAACGUAAAUUGGAUCUGGAUGAGAGACCUUUGGUGGUGCAAUUAAACUGGAACUCCAACAACAGAGAAGGACGUUUUGUGCUCAAGAAAGACGAGGAGAGUUUGAAGGAAAACUGCCACGAGAAGGAAAAGGGAGGCGUGAUUGAAAACUUCAAGAGGACACUGUCAAGAAAGGAAAAGAAGAAAGAGAAGAAUAAAAUUAAAGCCACUGAUGAUGCUCUAGGAGAUGAAAACGGGUCAACUGAAAAGCCGCCGAACAACAGCAGCGUUUCUGUGUCUAACCCUGAGAUGACAAAGCAGCACACAGGAAACAAAAAGCUACAACAGAGCCAGGCUGACCUCGGAAGUCUUCAUCCUGACUUUCUAGAUCAACCUGGAUUACCACUUGGGAUUAAACUCUGUGAUAACUCGGAGGAAGCCUUCCUGUCUGCAGUCAUCAAUUACACCAACAGCUCCACAGUUCAUUUUAAGCUCUCACCUGCGUACAUCCUCUAUGCAGUGGGGCGUUGGCGCUUCGCUCUGCAAGGGUGGGGCUCCCCACCGUCAGGAAAGACACACGGUGUAACCUCGAUUGCGGACAAAAUGGUGGCCAUGACAGGAAAGGUCAUCCAGAGGCAGCAGGCCAUCGCCGGUGCUCUUGCCUUCUGGAUGGCCAACGCCUCCGAGCUGCUAAACUUCCUCAAGCAAGACAAAGACCUGAACCCGCUCACCCAGCAAAGUCAGAUGGAUCUGUCCCACCUGGUGCAUAAAGCUUACAGUUACCUGAUACAGUGUCUGCAGAACGAGCUGAGAAAGCAUCUGCCAAUUUUUAUGAUUGAUCCAGAGCAACAUGGUCCACUGCCGGCGGGUAUAGAAUUGGUGCUGAACACCUUGAUGAACGCCAUGUCUCUGUUACGUCGCUGUCGGGUCAACCCUGCCCUCACCAUCCAGCUCUUCUCCCAGCUCUUCCACUUCAUCAGCGCCUGGCUCUUCAACCAGCUCAUGAGCCCCGAGGCCGACACUCUGGGCCUGCGCUCUCACUACUGGGGGGCCGCUCUCCGACAGAGGUUGACUGCCAUCGAGGCCUGGGCAGAGAGGCAGGGCCUGGAGCUGGCUGCCGACUGUCACCUGGGACACAUUAUCCAGGCAACCAUGCUGCUGACCAUGAAAAAGUACUCAAUGCAGGAUGCGAAGAAAAUCCAGAGUACCUGUUUCAAGUUGAAUUCGCUGCAGCUGCAGACGUUGCUGGCCGGCUACCUCUAUGCAAACAAUGAGCCUCACAUCCCCCCUGAUUUAAUCAAUGCCAUAGUGACAGCCGCGAACGCCUCUGCAGAUAACCUGAUUCGGAGCGAAGGACGGGACAUCCAGCUGCAGGAGAGCCUCGACCUCCACCUGCCCUUCCUGCUGCCGGAGGGAGGAUACUCCUGUGACACAGUGAGAGGGAUCCCCCCGGGGCUUAGAGAAUUUUUGGAGCCAAUUUACCGGAAAGGUCUCUGCUCUUUAACUUCCCAGCCAAACUCCAACGGGGACUGGACUGUGUAUUUUGAAGAACCGACGUCCUCUGCAGGGAGUACAUACGUGGCAGCUCAGAGAGAGCCGGAGAUUGUGACGAUCACACUGAAGAAACCUCUCAACAGUGGGAUGGGGGUCAGCAUUGUGGCUGCCAAGGGAGCAGGGCAAGAUUAUCUCGGGAUUUAUAUAAAAUCUAUUGUCAGGGGAGGACCAGCGGAAAUGAACGGCAGACUAACAGCUGGGGAUCAGCUGCUGAGUGUCGAUGGCCAAAGCCUGGUCGGCCUCAGCCAAGAAAGGGCCGCAGCUACCAUGAUGCAAACCGGCCCAAUUGUGACCUUACAGGUUGCAAAGUUUGGAGCGAGCUAUCACGGCCUCGGUGCUCUGCUGAAUGAACCAACUCCAGAGAGGACAGCAGGUGAUAAAAGCCAUGCAAAGCCAAACGGUGAAGCACUCAGGCUGCACAGCGCUCUGGAUCCUGGUCAUUCAGAGCAGCUGGAGAGUCUGCAUGGAAACAGCAGAAAGAAGAGAGAGCAGAUAAUGCAAAGGAACAGAGAGCUUUAUCGGUCCAACCCCAACAUGACCACACACUUUGCCCUGGAGGAUGAAGUUGAACCUAUUGACCCUGAUGUGAGAGGGAACAACAUUGCGGCUGUUUCCACUAUCAACCUUUGCACUGAUACAUUUCACAGGGAAUACUUGACUCUUCCGAACCCUAAAUCCCAGAACAAGAGCAUAUCUGAAUCCAGUCAACCACAGCAAAUGCUUAAAAUGUCUUUAAGGCCUUUAGAUGGACAGAACACCAGAGAUAAACAGACCUUUAUGCGUCAAGCCCUCUCACAGGAGAACUUGUGUGUGGACAAUGGAGGCCCCCUGCUGGACAAAAGGCAGAACAUGUGGCAGGACCAGAGUGCGAAGCAAACCAUGAGCCACUAUUCUUCUUUCCCAAUUCGCCCGAGCUUCUCCUCUCAUGACAUACUUUCUGAUAACAGCUCUUCUGCAAAACAACAGCAGGGAACUCGCACAAGUGGCGCCGGAGUCUGGAAAACACCCUUUUCACAGCAUGCAACACCUACACCCUCGAUCCAACCCAUACGCAUAGACAUCCCUGUGACCAGAGCAGUGAGUGCACAGUCCAAUCCUCCUCUCACCACCUUCCAGCACAGCUCCUCUCUGCUGGCAGUGAAAAAGAGGCAAAAACAGAGUCCUCAAUCCCAAGCGUAUGAUAUUUAUGCCUGUCCCAUUUCAGCAACUAAGAAACUACCUCAGCCUUCGCUUCUAUCACAGCAGCAACGACCCAGCACACACAGGGAUCAACCAGCAAAACCACAAGUGAGCAUCACUCCAACAAAACACGUCUCCUUCCAAGAACCUCCUACUCAACAGAAGCAGGGAGCAGCUCCUACGAGGCAAAAAGACCUCCAGGAGCUGUCUGACCCCUGGAGGAGGGAGGCCCAGGAGAAGCUGGAGAAGCAACAGAGGCUUCAGGUGGUGGAGCUCCUGGAGCAGGAGGUGCAGGAGCUUCAGGCUAAAGAGAAACGCACAGCGCAGGAGAACGACCGACUCCGUAAGCUCAGCCUGGAGUGGCAGUUUCAGAAGAGGCUUCAGGAGGUGCAGCAGAGAAGAGAGGAUGAAGAUGAGGAGGAAGAAGACGAGGAUUUGGACAUGAUGAUGAUGAUACAGCAGCUGGAGAAAAGAGUGCAGACUAAAAGAAGCUCUGAAGGCAAAGUGAACAGCGAAUUGAGCGAGCACACAGGAAGUCUUCCCUCCCAGAAGGAAGAAAAAGCAAACGCAGAAAGUACCGUAUUUCUGCUAAUAUCAAUGUUUAUUCACAGAAACCAGGAGGAGAAAAUCAAGAGAGCACCGGCCCCUGAAAAGCUCACAUUCAAGGAACGGCAGCGUCUCUUUUCCCUAGCGUCUAGUGCAUAA